GCAUUAGUAACGGUUUCGCAUUCAAACAUGGCGGCGGCCAGGCGAGUUGUGGAUGACACGGUCCGCUAUUAUUUGUUUCCGAAGCUCGAAAACCCCGCAAAGGCGAGACUUGAGCUCGAAAAGAGGGCCGAGCUGUACACAGCCAAGCUCCUUCCGCUCAUAACCAGCUACAUUUGGCAGGACGAGCAGUUCAACUUGUGCGUAGUUGACGCACAAAGAGACGGUGUUCCACCCCAUUUGGAAGGCAGCACGUACUUCGGAGACAACGUCGAGGACGAGUGGUUUAUCGUGUAUCUGCUCUACGAGCUCACCAAGGAUGACAAGGACUUGGUCGUCAAGGUCGAGGACACAGACGGAGAGUUCCUGCUCAUAGAGGCCGCCGAGCACCUUCCCAAGUGGUUGAACCCGGAGACUAGUGAAAAUCGAGUGUACAUUUAUCGUAAUAGCCUGCACGUGGUCCCCCUGGAGAAUGGCAAGGCCUCAGAAAGUGCCCCGGCACCUAGAAUUGACGAUGCCAUCACACAUAUCAGGUCUUCAAUCACAAAGACAAAAGCGUGCCAGCAGGUGUGCGACAAGUUCGCGCGCUCCACCGACCCCAAGCCAAAGAGGAAGUGGCUACUCCCUUUCGUGCCAAGGCCGCACCGGGAGUGCAGAAGUCGCUGGCGGCCCGCUUCCACGAUGCACCAGCCCGGCACCGCACGAGCCAUCACCGGGCGCACUGCUACCUCCCGGCGGCAGCCGUGGACCUUGCUCCAGCGGGACCCCGCCCUGCUGGGACCUGCGGUGGGGGCGUUUGUGUCACGUGACCCCCUCGACCUGAGGGCACUCAGGGCCAUGAGGCACUUCCCACCCGAGACGCGUGUCAUGGCGGAGGUGCGCUUCACCCGCUGCCUCUACGCGCAGCUGAGGCAGCAGCGCUUCAUGCCCGAUCGACGCGUUGGCUGGAACAUGCCGCCCCCUCACGCUCCCGAGUACGUUGCCCACGACCUUGGCUUGAAACUGGCUUGUGGCCUGGAGAUUCUGGCCGCUGGGUCGGACAAGAUGGCCUCCAAUGGUGAACCUGGCCUUGCCGAGCUUGGCGAUGACGUUCGGUGGAAGCGCUUCCUCAAGAGCCUCAGCACAAAGGGCUACUUUCAGGGCGAACUGGAAGGGUCCAAGUUGUACCACAUCCUGCUUCAGCGCGCCCGCGAGUACUUUGCGCAGACGGUCUUCGCGGGGGCCGACAGUGAGAGCGAGCGCCGCGGAACGUGCUCGGCCCGCGCGCGGGUGUCACGCCUUCUGCGGCAGCUCGAUGUCAAUGUUGAGAAACUCCGGGAAGAGAGCGAGAAGCUGGGAGAGCCAGACGAUGAAAAGUGGAUGGAGGUCACGCCGCAGGAUUUGGACCGCCUGCUCGAGGACUACUCGUCACGGGGUCCUGGCGAACAGAAACACAAGGACACUGCAUCCACGCACAAGGAUGAAGAAACCCUUGGCAAGACCAUUGCCGAGAGCCUGGACCGGUUUGUGCGUCACGUCUCGGACUAUGAAGGAGCAGAAGUGCCAUCAAAUGCAGUGGCCAAGGAUAAGUCACAGCCGAGUGAAGCCAAUAGUCAAGCCAAAGGCGAUGGAAUUGACUUUGAUCCUGACCGUUUCGUCGAGGCACUCGGGGCAAUUCUCGAUUUCAAGCUGCCGACAUCAGAUGACGAGUCUAGCUCGUCCAUGAGCAGCUACGGGGAUGAAGUUGACUCUCACGAUCGCCUGGCUGAUGUCAUCAAUGGUGGCAGCGACAGUUAUGGCAGUGAUGAUGACGAUUUGAACGGACCCGGGGUGGACCUGUCGCGCCUGGCCUUGGACAUGAAGAGCUACAUGGAGCUGAUGGACCAGGAGUUGGCAGGGACCAAUGUCGGACUGAGCUUCGAACGGCAGCCAGCAGCCAAGUCGACGGCGGCCAAGAAGGAAGCCAAUCCAGAUGCCGCAUCGUCACCGUCCAAGGUGAGGGCACUAGUGCUCAUUGCUGUUGUACAAAAUGAUUUCUAAGAGUGUAGACUACCU